GCCGGUGAAAGAUCCUUUUCAUUCUUGACCAAGGUGUCUGUGGCUCCCAGGGGAAAGACCCUUCAGCUUGGAGGGAUAUGAAGCCAAUUGGAAAAGUGCUUUGUGCUACAGGGGUUGUAGCUGGGCUCAUAGCUGUCUUCUGGAAAGACAGCUUUAACCCAGAGAGCCUGUCUGGUGCCCGUGUUCUCGUGACUGGAGCCAGUGCUGGGAUUGGAGAGCAGAUAGCAUAUCACUAUGCCAGAUUUGGUGCUGAAAUUGUGUUGACUGCCAGGAGGGAAGCUGUGCUGCAGAAGGUGAUGGAGAAAUGCCUGACACUUGGAGCAAAGAAAAUAUUUUACAUCCCUGCAGAUAUGUCUUCCCCUUCAGAGCCUGAAAGGGUGGUUCAGUUUGCUGUCCAAAAGCUGGGGGGCCUGGAUUACCUUGUGCUGAACCACAUCGGCCCCAACCGCUUCCAGGAGUGGGCUGGGGAUGUGGAAUACACGCGCUGGCUCCUGCAGGUGAAUUUUUUGAGUUAUGUGGCUCUUGCAACAGCAGCUCUUCCCACCCUGGAGAAAAACAGAGGUGCUCUGGUGGUUGUUUCUUCCCUCACAGGGAAAAUGCCCACUCCCUUCACCACUUCUUACUCUGCCACCAAGUUUGCACUGGAUGGAUUCUUCAGCUCACUGCGCCACGAGCUCAUCAUGCAGAACAGAGAUGUGUCAGUCACUCUGUGCAUCCUGGGCCUGAUUGAUACUGAGUCAGCACUGGAGUACACCAGGGGCAAAGUGCUCGUCAGCGCCUCCCCCGCUCCCGAGGCCGCGCUCGCCAUCGUCCGGGGCGGAGCCGCUCGGGCGCACGAGAUUUUCUACCCGCGGUGGCUGCAGCCGCUCUGCUGCCUCUGGGCUCUGUUCCCCAGCAGCGGGAACCAGGUGCUGAGGACUUUCUACAACUACAGCAGUCCCUGAGGGAUGCCCAGUCUCAUCCUAUAGCCCUGUAAUCCCAUUCCUGCCAUCCCACUACGCAUCUCACUGAACCACUGAUGUCAGUCAGGAGCAGGGCAGCAGCGGUGGCAAAGUCCCCUUUUCCUAACGUGACUCAUGGUCUGCUAUCCUGCUUCAGCCAUGGUUCUGCUGCUGCUACCCAUCAGUCAGAGAUCUUUCCCACUCUGCCUUAGUCUUCCUCCCAUCUCCCUCCUCCUUCAGCCUCACCUGUGUGCUUUGGCUGAAUCCAGCCUCUGCUCAGCCCCAGCUUUAACCCCUGUCUGUCCGCACAGGAUGUCCUGGAAUGGCUGCACCUCCUCCUCCACUACAUUUUGGAUUCCAUG